GGACACAGAGGAACAACAUCGAACAGCCCAUGGCUAGCAAUCAGCCCGGAAGGGAACAGAGAGCAGGUUGCGAUAGUUUCAGCAUUAAAUAAAAGCCUGUGCAUGAUGGAAGAAAGCGCCUGGUCAGCACUAGACCCCACCGCCUUUUAGAUUAAGCCCUGGAUAAAAGGGCUCGCGCGUGAAGUUUCCGGUUUCUUGGAAUCAGAUAUCUCCAGUACCACGAAUUGGCCCAGUGUCUUACUGUAUCAUCUUCCCACAGCAAGAACCGACCCUCCUCACCCACGUCCGUUCUGAAACCACGAGCACAACAAUGCGCACCUUCCUUGCUCUCCUCCUCUGCAUCGUCUUCCCCCUCUACCUCGCCAUCCGUGGCUCCGCCUCGUUGUCUGACAUUGCAGUUCUCCUCUCCUCCCUCUCCGAGCGCGCCGAAGCACUUCACAUCGCGCUCACCUCCCCGCUUGCCGCUCCUCCAGCACCAAUCUUCAAAGAAGCCUUCGAAGCUUUCGCCGAGCCCGCCAAACCCGUGCGCGCAACACAAGACGGGAGAAGGAAGAGAUACCCCUCCCUUCCCGAUGGACUGGCGCACUGCAUCAACUCCUUCGAGCAGUAUCCGUUUCUCGCCGAGCAAGUGCUCCAGCGGAAGCAUGCGCGGUAUUCCAAGCAGACGCCCGCGCAGAAGGCGAUAAGCAACAAGCUCGGCUACCCUGCACACUUCGAGCAAGCCAGGAAUGGAAUCAAGGUGAACGCCAGAUUCUCGGAAAAGAUCGCGCAGAUUGCGAGGGAGGAUUACCACACCGGCCCGCGAGCGCUGGAGGACAUAGAAGAUGCGGAGUUUGGACUUGUAAACCUGGCAUUUGGUCAUCUUUCGCGAGACUGGAGCACGCAGGGCGCCAAGGAAAGGCAGGCCGUGUUUCCGCCUGUUCUGGAUAAGCUUGAGCAACAUUUUGGCGGGAAGGGGAGAGGGAACAAGGUGCUUGUACCUGGGAGCGGGUACGACGUCACGGCCAACGAGCUGGACUACGGCUCCAUCCUGGCCUACCAUCUGCUAACGAACCACACGAGCUCGCUGCACCAGCACACCCUGCAGCCCUUCGUGACCAAAUGGACGCAUCAGGCUAACCCCUCCUCGCGCUACUCCGCCCUAACGGUGCCGGACCACUGGCCAAACAAGGCCGUCAAGCUCGUCGAGGGCGACUUCUUGGAGAUGUUCCCCCGGGACGGUGAGUUCGACGCCGUCGUCACGCUGUUCUUCAUCGACAUGUCCGAGAACGUGAUUGACUUCCUGAGCAACAUACAUCGGCUGCUGAAGCCUGGUGGGGUGUGGAUUAACCUUGGGCCGCUGAAAUGGGGCACCUACACUGCUCUCCAGCUCUCUGCGGAGGAAGUGCUCCAGCUGGCAGAUCUGCUCGGGUUCGAUGUGGACCAUACGUCAAGGAAGAACAUCGACAGUCUGUAUGCCGAGCAGCCGGAGACGUUGUUGAAGUUCACUUAUGUUACGCAGUUCUGGUCUGCAACGAAGAGGGAGUGAAAUGGGGGUUGUGUAGUCUUUGCUUCCAGGCUUUGCCUUCGUUACUAGAUCUUACUCGAACGAGGCAAUGGCUUUUUGGAUGUGGGCGUUGGUUGUUUUGGACAUGAAAUCGCGGAAGACGUCUUCAAAGCUUGGUGCCGCGUCUAGACGUGAGAUCAAGGCCCCUUGACUGCUGUCAACGCUGGGAGCUAUUCUCUGGAAGUUGUGUAGUUUCUUUCAUACCUCUGACCAUGGCCUGUGUCACCUAGAUUGCAAUGAAUUGCAUUUGCAUAGCAACUGAGCCAGGAACCGUAACCUGUUGCUGACACGAAGCGAAUGAAGUCGACGAAAG